ACAGUGAUCAGAAAUGUGGACGACAGUGACCUUGAUUGUCACCGUCUUGAUCUUUCUCUUCUAUAAGAGCAACUACAGACCUCCCAACUUCCCUUCAGGUCCCCUGGUACUACCGUUGCUGGGUAAUGUGGUGUCCAUCCUGCUCUACACUCCCCAGGUAGCCAUACAGAAAAUGGCGGACAAGUACGGUGGCAUAUUCAGCUUCAAGACUUUUGGAAAAUGGACGGUGGUACUAACUGAUCUGAAACUUAUGAGGACAGCGAUGGCAGACUUGACGUUUUCCGACCGUAUUGAUCUUCUUCUGUUUAAUGAGAGAGACAAGAUCAUCAUGGGAAAAGAAUCUGAUCCUCUCGAAGAUCUUUCCAAAUUUAAAAAUCAUCCGUGAGACUGAAGGAUACAUGACAGAUUUACUGAGAUUCAUUGAGGAGCAGAUAGAGCAGUAUGACAAGGAGACUGGUGGAGCUGUUGACUCCAGUAACUACAUCGGUGCCUACCUGAAGGAGAUACAAACAGCGCAGCAGGAAAGCAAGGAAACCCCUUACACAAUGGCUCACAUGAAGGCCAACAUCCUGGAGCUGUUUUUGGGUGGGAGUGAGACAACAUCUUCGACUCUAUGGUGGGCUGUUUACUUUCUCUCGCUUAACCCUGAGGCACAGAGACGAAUGCAGAAGGAGCUGGACCUAGUUGUGGGACGAGACAACCUUCCCUCCCUCGAUCAAAUGGACAGCUUGCCCUACACUACAGCUGUCAUAUACGAGGUGCAGAGGAUGGCAGACCUCGUACCUCAGGGUAUUCCCCACCAGACCUCCGGGGACGUAAAUCUUCAUGGUUACUUCAUCCCAAAAGGAACCGGUGUGUUGUUCAACUUGUCUGGGGCGCUGAAAGACCCGAAACACUGGAAAUUUCCCAGCACCUUCUACCCAGAACACUUCUUGACUCCUGAGGGAAAAGUAAUCAAGCCAGACCAGUUCAUGCCUUUUGGUUAUGGUGAGAAAUUCUUAGUUUCAUACCUUUUAUAAUAUAAUAGUUUCUGG